AUGGCUAAUCUUACAAUGAGUGGAUUUCUUCUCACUGGGUUUUCUGCCCAGCCCGAGCUAGAAAUCUUGUAUGCUUUGCUGUUCCUAGUCUUCUACUUGUUGGCUUUAACUGGCAACAUCCUCAUCAUCACCACCACUUCCAUGGAUGAGAGUCUCAACUCCCCCAUGUACUUCUUCCUGAAGCAUCUCUCCUUCUUGGAUCUCUGCUAUAUUUCUGUGACUGUUCCAAAAUUCAUUUACAACUCUAUCAUGCAGAAUGGAAAUAUUUCCCUCUGGGAAUGCAUAUUACAGUGCUUUAUUUUUGUUGUCUGUGCUUCUGCUGAGUUGUUCAUGCUCACGGUGAUGUCCUAUGAUCGCUAUGUGGCCAUUUGUUUUCCAUUGCGCUAUGAAAUUAUUAUGAAUGUCAGAACCUGUGUCCAUGGAGUCAUUGGCGUCUGGUUCAGUGGGGCCAUCUCUGGAGUGAUGCACACAGUAGCUACUUUCUCGAUCCAUUUCUGUGGUCCCUGGAUCAUUCAUCAAUUCUUCUGUGACAUCCCUCAGAUUCUGAAACUCUCUUGUUCUAAUGACUAUAUCAGUGAACUUGGUGUCUCUGUUUUCAUGUCUAUUGUAGGACUUGUUUGUUUCAUCUUCAUUGGACUCUCCUACGUUCACAUAUUUUCCUCUGUGCUGAGGAUGCCAACAUCAGAGGGAAGAGCCAAGGCCUUUUCCACCUGCCUCCCCCACCUCGCUGUGGUCAUUUUGUUCAUUUCUACAGGCACCUUUGAGUUUUUGAAGCCCCAUUCUGAUACUCCAACUGCUCUAGACAUUUUGUUCACUAUUCUUUAUACGGUGGUACCCCCAACGGUCAAUCCAAUGAUCUAUAGCCUGAGAAAUAAAGCAAUAAAGACAGCUCUACGGAAACUUUUUAAAAGCAGAAUAGCAUACCUCUUUUGA